AUGCGUAUCUCUUUCGCUGCUGUCUUGGCUACCCUGGCUGUCGGUGCCGUUGCUACCGAGGUGGAACAAACCGUCUACGUCACUGAAUAUGCCACCAUCUGCCAGGCCACCUCUCUGCCCUCUGGUAUUCCCACAGCGCCCGCCAUCACCGUAUCCAACGGAGUCACUUACUCGAUCUCUCGUCCUCUGAUCACCUCCACAGUCACUCACUGCGAGAAGUGCUCCACUAGUGUCCCCGUCAUCCCCGUGCCAACCGCAGUCAGCCCCAACCCCAGCGGCUCCGUGGUCAUUCCCUCCAGCAGCCCCGUCUCCUCGACGCCGCUGAUCCCCAGCGGCUCUGUUCCUGUUCCUUCGGGCGUUUCUCCUUCUGGCUCGGCCACCACCCCCGCCACUCCCCUCUUCACUGCCGGUGCCUCGCGCGCUGCCGUCGGUGCUGGCGCUGGUCUGGCUACUGUCUUCGGUCUAGUCGCCUACCUCUUGUAA